ACAACUGAACAAAUGUAAGAUAACUGUAAGAAAAAGUUCUUAAGAACAUUGUUUGUUAUUGCUGUUUCCUUAUCCUGGUAGAAAUGGUUUCUAUUUCUCUGCCUAACCACUCUCUACCCUCUCUACUUCCCACUCACAAACCCAAAAACCUAUCUUCUCAAAACCUCCCAAUUCUGUCCAAGUCAUCACGGUCACAGUUCUAUGGCCUCAAGUUUUCCCAUUCUAGUUCUCUGUCAAUCCCAUCUUCUUCUAGUUCAGUGAAGACUACCAUUUUUGCCAAGGUAAACAAAGGAGAGGUGCCACCGUCCUUCACAUUGAAAGAUCAGGAUGGAAAGACGGUGUCCCUCUCCAAAUUCAAAGGGAAGCCUGUGGUUGUCUACUUUUACCCGGCUGAUGAAAGCCCUAGCUGCACGAAACAGGCUUGUGCUUUCAGGGAUUCUUAUGAGAAGUUCAAGAAAGCAGGGGCUGAGGUUGUUGGAAUUAGUGGUGAUGAUCCAUCAUCGCACAAGGCAUUCGCCAAAAACAACAGACUUCCAUUUACAUUGCUGAGCGACGAAGGCAACAAGAUAAGGAAAGAGUGGGGAGUGCCAGCAGACCUGUUCGGAGCAUUACCUGGGAGACAGACAUAUGUUCUAGACAAGAACGGGAUGGUCCAGCUGAUCUACAACAAUCAGUUCCAACCUGAAAAGCAUAUUGAUGAAACCCUGAAACUACUUCAAAGCCUUUGAACCAUCCAUUCCAUGUUGUCUGGCUCUUCUUUCACCUUUCCCCCAGCUAAUCUGUUUCUUGAUGGUUCGAAAUUCUUGUAGUAGCCAGUCCCUCGCUAUUACAAGCUAUCUCAGUUUCAUGUAAUAGAGAUGCUGUUCUUUCCUUCUCUUUUUAUUUAAAUAAUUGCUGAAAAAGCCGAUUGUCAUAGCAUACUGGAAAUAUAUAUAUAGGUUCAAUUGUUGA